AUGCCUUGUAACUGCCGCCAAGGCACCGCACUGCACAGCCAUGUUGGCGACCACCUUGCAAGCGAGGGGGUCUUUGGCCUCGGUGUUCCUAUAAACGAUGCUGUGGAUCUGAGUGCAAUCCAGCUGUGGAAUAGCCGAAAUACACCCUCGGAGGCUGGGCGGCUCUUCGAUGUGAACAAAUCCGCAAACCAGGACCCGAUCAGCAGCGAUGAUGACCAGGAACUGCUGAUUAGCGCUCCGCUUUUGUCGGUGUGCCGCAUAAAGGGUGUCUCGUUCGUGGCGCCAGCCAACGAUACCGCACCGUCACGUGUCAAGAUCUUUGUCAACCUCGUCAAUGUGGCAGGGUUUAGCUCGGUCCAGCGGCUCGUUCCACAGGAGCAGCUGCAGCUGGCAGACGGUGGUGGAGAGGAGCGCAUCGUCUACCGGGUGAAUGCAGCCAAGUUCUCUUCAGUUUCCUCGCUCACCUUCUUUUUCGAUGAGAGCUUCAAUGGGUCUGAGACGAACGUGCUGCGCAUCGAACUGUUCGGAGAAAACACAGGCAAGUCAACGCAUCAACAAGUGGCAACGAAUAUUGUCUACGAGGGGCGUGGGAAUCCAGCAGAUCACCAGAGCAGCGAAGAAAAGAAGUCACUGUUUGAGGUUAGAUGA